UUGAACGAUAGGAAUCAAUCAGGUGUUCAACCGGACAAAGAAGUGCACGAUAUCGUAGCGAAUGCGUUCGGUGAAUGGAAUUUUGCAACUCGAAAGAUCAAGCGAAUGCUGUAUUGGAUGCCGAAAUUGAAGCACAGUAAUAAGUAUUUGGAUCGAAGAUGCUUGGAAGGACGGCAAGUUGGUGGUGUUGAAUUGGCGUUCAUUGCUCUCAAGAUGAUGUGCAGAGAUCCGGGUACAACAUUCUCGUAUGUUAAAAUAAAAGAUUCUGAAUCACCAGAAUCAGACCGAUGGCUUGUGUCAGCACAAAGUGUUCUACAGCAGCGAAUGAUCAGCGAAAUGGAUCAAUCGAAAACAUUAUAUGUGGAUGGUCCUAGUAGAGUUUAUGUGAUGGACAGAAAAGUGGAUUACGUUUGGCUUACAACUGAUCCAAAUCCUGAGCAAUACUUUGAUAAUUUUAAAUCUGAUUUUGAAGAAGAGGAUAAUGAUUUCGAGAAAUGGCAAAGUCGCUGGGAUCGGGGCUAUUCUGGUGAAUCAUCACCGAAGCAGUGUAAUGUACAUGAACAACGAGAUGAAACCAUUCUUUCAUUGGCUGUCUUGGCCAAAACGAAUGAUCAGUCAGUGGCUGGAUGGAUCAACCAUCUAAACGACUCAAACCCCUCGAUGAAAGAUCAUCAAGUUUUGUUCCGAAUCAAGCAUCCGCAUACCGAUUUAGCUCCUACAGAGCCGAAUGAUUAG